GCUAAUUUUUGCCCUGAAACUCUACUCUUCAUGUUUUUAUCAAGAAAAGUGCGUCAUUCAAUGUGAAGAAGACGAGACUUUCACAUCUUUUGUAGUCUGGAUUUUUUAAUUACUUCAGAAUUGGUCUACAUCCGACUGGAAACAUUUAAGUAGUAGCUGUUUUGUUUAAAUCUUCAGUACCAGUCCCGGACAGUUCAAAGUGCGUGAUGCCAGUAAACGGAGGGGGGCUGCUCUCUCUGAGCAGAUAUGCCACUCAGUAUUUCGCCAACCCGGUCAUGGAGGAGACUGUGUGGGAGCAGUACACUGUGACCCUGCAGAGGGAUCCAAAGAUGGGCUUUGGUAUCGCAGUGUCAGGGGGGCGGGACAACCCGAACGAUGAAAGUGGCGAGACAUCCAUCGUGGUGUCUGAUGUCCUGCAGGGCGGGCCUGCUGACGGCUUGUUAUUUGAGAAUGACCGAGUGGUGCAGGUGAACGCCAUCCCCAUGGAGGGGGCCAUCCACUCCUUUGCUGUCCAGACUCUCAGGAAGUGUGGCAAAGUGGCAAAAAUUACAGUGAAGAGACCCAGGAAGGUUCCGGUCAAUCUGCUGAACCGUCCCCCGUCACCUGAUGACAGAGUCUUCAACAACGACUACAAUGAUGACUACAACUACGAGCAGGACCGCCGCAGUGUGUACAGUGCUCGGAGUGGCGGUGGGCGGGACCAUAGUCUGGAAAGGGAGCGAGGCGGAGGCUACAUGGAUUCUGGCUACCAAACACGUGAGCGUGACUAUGACAGGGACUAUGACCAGCGGGAACGCGGCAGGAGCAUGGAGAGAGACCUCAGCCCAGACCGGCAGUACAGGAGAGACGGCAGCAGAGGUCGCACUUUGGACAGAGAGCGCAGCCCGGAUCGCCGCUACAAGAGCGACCACACCCUUGACCGUGACUACAGCCCGGACAGAAGGUAUCGCAGUGAGCGUGCAUUAGACCGGGAGCACAGCCCAGAUCGCCGCUACCGCAGUGAGCGAGCCCUUGAUCGGGAGUACAGCCCAGACAGACGCUACCGCAGUGAGCGAAUGCUGGACCGCACCAGCCCUGACCUACGCUACAGGCGUGACAGCCACAGCCCAGGACGAGGCCACGGGCGUGACCACAGCUUUGAACGAGGGCGGGAACGCAUCCCCAGUGACCCGAAGAAAUAUGAUGAGCCGGUGAAGCGGAGUGGGAGCAGGGAUCGCCUGGACCGCUCACCAUCACCUGCCGCCAUGCCCAUCCCUCUGCCCCGCCCCAUCCGGGACCUGGAUCCGCUGGACAAACCAAUGAAUGUGCUGCUGCUGAAGAACCGGCCAAACGAAGAGUACGGCCUUCGUCUGGGCAGUCAGCUCUUCAUCAAGGAGAUGACCAGCACAGGACUUGCCAGCAGAGAUGGGAACCUGCAGGAAGGGGACAUUAUACUGAAGAUAAAUGGUACGGUGACAGAAAAUCUGUCUCUCAGUGAUGCGGGGAAGCUGAUUGAGAAGUCUCGCGGGAAGCUGCAGCUGGUGGUGCAGAGAGACAAACAGCAGGUGCUGAUCCGAGUCCCCCCGAUGGUCGACAGUGACUCGGAGCUCGAUGAUAUCUCAGAGAUCGAGUCCUACCGCUCCUACUCGCCACAGGAUGACAGGCGGGGCCACCACUCUGACCUGUCCUCCCACUCCUCCAAUGAGAGGCUUAGAGAGAAGCCCAGAGAGGAGCCGCCCAACAGGCUGGCAAAAAUGGGUGCCAUGCCAACACCAUUCAGAGUUCCUGACAGAACCGUGGAAGACACACCCCCUCUGCAGACAGAGAGGGAGGAUCCACGACCGGAAACACCGCCAGUACCAGCCGUCACUGCAGCCCCAAAGGUUCAUGCUCCUCCCAGAGUGCCAGUAAAGCCAAGCAUAGAGGACCAGGAAGUGUAUGGCCCAAAUACAGUGAAGGUGCGCUUCCAGAAAGGUGACAGCGUGGGUCUGAGGCUGGCAGGAGGAAAUGAUGUCGGCAUCUUCAUCGCCGGCGUUCAGGAGGACAGCGCGGCUGAGCAGGAGGGUCUCCGCACAGGAGACCAGAUCAUGAAGGUGAACAACAUGGACUUCAGAGGCAUGGUGCGUGAGGAUGCUGUUCUCUACCUCCUGGAGAUGCCCAAGGGAGAGGAUGUAACCAUUCUUGCUCAGAGUAAACCUGAAGUGUACAAGGACAUUUUAGCGUCUGGCAGAGGCGACUCUUUCUUCAUCAGGACCCACUUUGAGUACGAGAAGGAGGCUCCACAGAGUCUUCCUUUCUCUAGAGGAGAGAUCUUCAAAGUGACGGACACGCUUUAUGAUGGCAAGCUGGGCAACUGGCUGGCAAUCCGCACUGACAAAGACAACCAGCUGCUAGAGAAAGGAAUCAUCCCCAACAAGAGCAGAGCAGAGCAGAUGUCCAACGUCCAGAAUGCUGCUCGGGCCGCGUCGGGCAACGACAGAGGAGACUUCUGGAGGCUGAGGGGUCAAAGAGCAGCGAAGAAGAAAGAUCUCCGCAAGAGCCGCGAGGACCUGAGCGCUGCUCCGGUCACCACACGAUUCCCCGCCUACGAGAGAGUGGUCUUACGUGAAGCUGGAUUCAGGAGGCCUGUGGUGAUAUUUGGGCCCAUUUCUGAUGCAGUAAAUGAAAAACUGGCCAAUGACAUGCCUAACGAGUUUGUCGUCGCCAAAACGGAGCCAAAGGACGCAGGAAGUGAGAAAUCCUCCGGAGUGGUGAGACUUAACACCAUUCGACAAAUCAUUGAACAGGACCGCCACGCUCUCCUGGACGUGACUCCCAAAGCUGUGGACACGUUGAACUACACCCAGUGGUAUCCCAUCGUCAUCUUCCUGAACCCCGACAGCAAGCAAGGCGUCAAGACCAUGAGGAACCGGCUCCUGCCCGGAUCCAGCCGCAGCGCUCGCAAACUGUAUGAGCAGUCCGUCAAGCUGAGGAAGACCUGCUCUCACCUUUUCACAGCCGCCAUCGACCUGAACUCGGCCAAUGAUGCGUGGUACGGCAGCGUAAAAGAUUCUAUUCAGGAGCAGCAGGACAGAGCUGUGUGGGUGUGUGAGGGCAAGCUGGACGGUUCAGAGGAGGACCUGGAUCUCCAUGACGACCGCAUGUCGUACCUGUCAGCAAUGAGCGCCGACUACCUUAGCAUGGACAGCCGUCUGACCAGCGACUACGAAGACACGGCUGAUGAGGGCGGGGCUUAUACUGACAAUGAGCUGGACGAGCCACUGGACGAGCCCCAGCCUGUGUCGGCGAUCAGUCGAUCAUCAGAGCCAGUGCUGCCGGACGAGAAGCUUCACCCUGAACCCCGGACUCGUAUGAGGAGGUCAGGGAGCAGAGAGGUGCUGAACAGAGAGCCCAGCCCUCCCCCUUCUUUUGUCCCCGAACCCCCGAAGGUGCGGACUCAGACUCGGACUGACUCAUCACGGAGCUAUGACUCACACUCCAGCAGCACCAUCAGCAGCGACGCAGCGGGCGGAAACAAGCCGCUUCCCCCUCCUGUGGCCCUGAAGCCCAGCAUCCCCCGCCUGAACCAUCCCACAGAGGAGCCGAGCCCAGCGAAGGAGGAGGAGGACCCGGCCAAGAAAUCCUUCCUGGGCAAAAUUCAAGCGUUUGAGAAGAUGGACCACCUGGCUCGAGCUCAGAGGAUGCUGGAGCUGCAGGAGGCGGAGAACGCUCGAUUGGAAAUCGCCCAGAAGCAUCCAGACAUCUACGCCGUCCCGGUUAAGCUGCCAAAACCCAACCUGAACCGUCCUCAGCCAAUAGGUUCGAGCUCCAACCCCGAGGCCCAGACUCCCUCCAGGCCACUGUACUCAGAGACGAGAGGUCACGACAGCGAAGAGGCCGACUACCGCAGACAGCUGGUCGACCAGACCAAGAGAGGAUACUACAAUCCCCAGAAAUACAAGGACACUGAGCUGUAGGCCGGAGACCAGGACGUGACAUCAUCACUGCACACCGCUCCAUUCCCCCACAUCGUCGGUUCAAGUGGUCAGACCUUGUCGCCUUGGUAACAGCUUAUGCAGCUUUACCUUGAUACAAACUCUGAACUUUUCCCAACACUAAUUUCAGACACUUGUCUCACUCGUGUUUUACUUCACACAAAUUUGUACAAAAGGUAUAUCCACACCUGUCCUGGUUUUUCUGAUGGACCUUUUCACACAUGAUGCUUCAGUGUGUGUAUAUACAUAUACAUAUAUAUAUAUAUAUAUAUAUAUAUACACACAUAAUGUUUUUAUGUGUCUGAGAAUGUUUUUGUUACAAGCAAGUCUUUAUUUGACCCCAUUACACUGACACCCAGCCUCAGUUUGUGCCUCUCAUGUGCUGCCAUUAUAUUCAACUGACUGAGCUUAGCAUCAGUAGGUUUUCUGCAGUUCUGAAAAUCUAUCUCCAGAACACACAGACACUUGUGACCAUCGAGGUGAAAGCACAAUAAAUAAAUAAAUAGAUAUAGAUUAAUAGAUAAGUAAGUGUAGAUAAAAAUAGAUUUUUUUUUUAUUUGUAACUCGGGUUACCGUGCCGCUUCCCAACAGGUAGCUGGAGAUGCCAUAUUUACUUUGGCGUUUUGCAGAAACAAGAAAAAUAUAAACAUGAUGUUGUGUUUAUGGAAAAUAACAACAAACUACAAAUGGAGAAAGAACAAAUGGCAUUUCCAGCUGCCAUCUUUGUUUUGCAGACAGAACAUUUUUCAUCCAGAUGUUUAGAAAAGUCUUUUCUCAGAAUAAGUGUUUCCCUAAGUGUAUCUGUGGAGAACAGAUGAUUUAUCUGUGUUACCAGGAUGUGAUGGUGAUACAUGAGAGCAGACUAGCUGCACCCAGACCAUUGGUUAUGGUACUGUAGACUGUGUGCAGUAUCCACACUGUUUGGUUUUACAUCCUAUUAGCAAGUGGUUUUGUGUGCACCACUAAUGUCAUAGCACCUCUCUGGUAACUGGUGUGUUUCAGACACUUUAGGUGUAGGUGUUAGCUGUCCUCUUCAUCACUCUCCUGCCAAGUGUUCUCUGAUUGAUCGUAUGCCUCUACAUUCCUACUUGUCCAUACACUACACUGUGAUAUGUGUGCGUGGUGGAAUGCAGCAUAUUUUCAAGUGCCUUGCAGCUCUGAUUUCAGAACAAAGACAGUUCUUCACAGACAACACAGGGUUCUUAAAACAACAAAACAACCUGACGCUCUGUCUAAAAAAAGGUGCAUGGUGAUUAAUGCAGAAAUACACUUUUGUGACAAAAACUGACAAAAUACAAGUUGUAGAUUUACACAACUGGACAUUUCCCUCCUACUGUUUUAUUUUUCUGUUAUUGGCAGUAUGGUUCAGCAGUGUAUUCCCUUCACCAAAGCAAAAUGAUAAAGGUAAAUGUUCAGCUGUAAUUAUGAGAUACAGAAAGAUCUCAUUAAUGCAACAUCUAUGUCUUGAGAGAGGAUCUUAUAAUUACAAGACCUGCUUCACAGUCAUGACUUUAAAAUGAUAAGAUGUGGAAGGAAGGCGUGUCCUUAUGUCUUUGGUGAACACAAUUCACUUCUGUAGUUGAAGGAGGUUGUGCAGGUGCUUGGAAAACAUCUGUGUUUACAUCAGCAGGGACAGACGGAAAUAUCACAGACCUCACUGUUAAAAACAUGAAUAGGACGUUGGUGUGAAGACCUUUGCAGGUUUGGAUCUAGAGGGAGCAGUGCAGCAUAAAGCCGACCUUCCUGACAGUUUCUAUGUUUGUCUUUAUUUGCUGCUCGCAAAACAGAGACAAUCACAUUUUUAUUGCAUAUGUUUUUAUAUUGAAUAUUAAAGUCUUUGUACACGGGAGUAUUGGGGAUGUGGUGACGACAAUCAUGUUGGUUGAUCAGUUUGUUUUAAAUGUCUGUUAGUUUGUGAUUUUCUUUUUUCUUUUUUUUUUUAGUUUGUCUCCUGAGUGUUACAGGACUCUUGGGAAAUUCAAUAAAUAAAUCUCUCUUUUUUUACAUUGUGUCUUUUUAUAAAUCUGUGGUUCCACUUCAUACAGGUAAUGGCUAUGUUUGAAAUGUUUCAUGCAAACUUCCAUGCAGUCAUUUCUUGUCGCUCUUGAACAGG